CGAAUCGUCGUCUCUAAUCCGAAGGAAGAGAUAAAGGUCACACAUUCAACAAGUUUAAUUCGUGUGUCCAAGGCCGCUGCCUCCGGAUACCUGUACAGCAAUGUGCAGCAGUGUAAAAUUCAAGCUGAUUUGAAGCAGUUCGUGAGACAUGAAUCCAACCCCAUCCGGAUAGGGAGCAAUUUAGAAUGACCACCCGGAGGCCUAGCAUUACCGAGUACCAGAUGCUGGAGCGGAUCGGUAGCGGCUCGUACGCCACCGUAUUCCGCGCGAUGCAUAAGGUAACGAAGGAAAUCUACGCCAUCAAAUGCGUGGAGAAGGCGUCGCUGUCGAAAACGGCCGUGGACAACAUCAUCACGGAGAUCAGCUUGCUGAAGAAGCUCAAGCAUCGGCACAUUGUGGAGAUGAAGGACUUUCUGUGGGACGAACGGUGCAUCUACAUCGUGAUGGAGUACUGCAACGGGGGGAGCCUAUCGGCGUACAUUCGGCAGCGGCAGAAGCUGAGCGAAACUACGUGCAGGAUAUUCCUACGGCAGCUGGCCCUGGCGUUGAGGUACAUGCGCGAGAACGAAGUCAGCCAUUUCGAUUUAAAACCGCAGAAUCUGCUGCUGAUGAGGGGUGGAAGCGAAGGCGCACCGAUGCUAAAAGUGGCGGAUUUUGGCUUUGCACAGCAUUUGAAGCUGGGCCAGGAAAAUACCUCGAUUAAAGGAUCGCCUCUCUACAUGGCUCCGGAGAUUCUGCUGAAACACUGCUACGAUCCAACGGCGGAUUUGUGGAGCAUUGGAGUGAUUCUGUAUGAGUGUUUGUUCGGCAGAGCACCGUACAGUUCCAAGACUUUGCAGGAGUUGCUGGAUAAGAUACGAUCGGAAAAGAGGAUCGAAAUUCCUAAGGCGCAUCGCAUCUCACCGGAGGGCGAGGAUCUGCUGUGCAGAUUGCUACAACGGUCUCCGAAGGAUCGGAUCACGUUUGAGGAAUUCUUUAAGCACCCAUUUUUGGAUCUUAAACAUGCACCUUCCGAGCAAAAUCUAGAAAAAGCCAUCGAGCUGAUUAAUGAAGCCAUUGAACUAGACAAGAAGCAGGAAUAUGACGCGGCCUAUGGCAAGUACUGCAAAGGGCUACAGUUCUUUGUCCCCAUAAUUCAGGCCGAAACUGAUCCCGACAAGAAGAAGGUUCUUCGGCAGCGAGUUCAGACCUACCUGAACAGGGCAGAAGAGAUCAAACAUUCCUUCCAACAGGAAGUUCCAAGCAAGGCUUCAUCUUCGAAACCGCUAAACCGAACAGCUUCGCGAGUACAGCAAAUCCAGAGGGCCCUCCAACCUUCCGAACUGUACCAACAACUGACGGCCUUGGCGUCAUCUAGUCCGGAGUUGAAAUCUGCCCUGGAAAUCGGUCGGCAAGCCGAACUAUACGCCCUGGAGAACAAAUUGGACGUAGCGCUGGAGUCCUUAAAAACCGUACUGGGUGCCUUGAUGCCACUGCUGGCCGAAGAGCCGCGGGGAUCCAAACGCCGAGAUCUUCUGCACCAGCAAAUCGUCUGCUGGAUGGAGGAAGCCGAGCACAUAAAAUCCGUUCGAUCGGCGCAGAUUCUCGAAGAGAUGGAAAAUAGCCCGGCGGCCAACUACAACUGCUGCUUGCAGUGAAGAAUUCUAAACCCUGAGCCAUUCAAAUUCGUUAGCUUUCAUGUGCUUGAUUGUGUGAGAUUAUCUUUUAGCUACUUAUUAUGACAGACAGUU